AUGUUUGAGCUACAACCAAAGGUCCUGUUAGUGGUAGUGGUGUUUGUACUAUGUUUCGUCGUCGGAGUCUGUGGAAACUCGUCCAUUUUGACACUGAUCCGUGGUGUGAUGGCCGAUCGGCGAGCAAGAAGCCGACGACAAGGCGAUAAUGCCAUUCUCUACAUUGCCGCUUUAUGUGUAUGCGAUUUCUUGAUGAGCCUCAGCCUACCGCCGGCAAUCUUAGACAGCGUUAUCGGUUUUUGGAUAUUCGGUACAUGGAUGUGUAAGCUGCACCAUGUGUGUGGUUCAGUGGGUCGAAUUGUGUCGACGUUUUUGAUCACAGCAAUGAGUUUCGAUCGUUAUGUGGCCGUGUGCCACCCACAUCACACCUACCUUCGAAGUCGAUCGUUUGUACUCGGAGUCAUUAGCUGUCUAUCAGUACUGGCAUUUUUUCUUCUUCUGCCAAUGUUGACGUACGCACGAGCGAAAGAGAUGGUGCUCCAUGAACUGAAGGCUAUGGAUAGCUUUAAUAUUACAAGAGUUCGAGUCUUCAAGUGCUCCGACAUGAUGCCACCACCGAUCUUCUACUGGUUCACGUCGACAACUUUCAUUCUUGGUUAUGUUGUCCCGUUGAUUCUCAUCGUAUUCUUCAAUUGGAAGCUCAUUCGUAAACUAUGUGUCCAUAAAAGGGUGCUACCACGUUCUUCCAUACCACUUCGACGAGUUGUUAUGUAUACCGUACUUAUUGCUGCCGUCUAUUUUGUUUGUUGGACACCUUACUGGUUCUCUGUGCUGUACGCUAUUGUGAUGUCAUUGGCUGGUUUACCAACAACCAAUAGUGAACUACUACUAUUUGUGAUCUAUUGUGUUCAUUUAUUACCAUAUUUUGGAAGUUCAUCCAACUGGAUUCUUUACGGACUUCUCAAUACACAACUUCAGGUAUACAGUACGACAUUUCAAUGUCAUGAUAGUCUGGGGAACGAACCGUUCAGGCAAAAUAGUAGCCCUAGAUGGGCUGCUUCCACUCAAGGUUUCUUACUGGUUUUGAUGGAUCUGGACAGUAAAUAUUAUCAAAAGGCCAAUAUCAUCUAA